GCCUGGACAACAUGACCUGCAUCCUGGUCUGCUUCCCGGGGGCCCCCAGGCCUUGUGAGGAGGCCAUCAGGAAGGAGCUAGUGCUGGACGCAGCCCUGGGACACAGGGUCGCAGAGCUGUGUGCCUUUGGCCAGGAGCCCCCCAGCUUGAACACAGUUUUCAGGACUCUGGCCUCUGAGGACAUCCCGGAUUUACCUCCUGGGGGAGGGCUCCACUGCAAGGCCACAGUCAUCGCUGACGCUUACUCUCAGUUCUGCCAGGCCUCAGGAGGGCGCUGGGUGAUGGGGCAGAAUGGGGCUGAGAAGCCCACUGGCACCCAUUCAAGCUCUGCCUUGGACGCCUGACAGCUGUCAUCCUUUAGGGACCCUCUGCCCAGCUGGGGCCUCCAUGGAAUUAAGGAAGAAAACUCCCCUUCCCCAGCUAUGCAGACCAGCGGAAGGAAGAGAAACCAAUGGAGGAACACCAGAAUGUUUAUUUCCCUUUCUCCUACUUCCCUCUCAUAGGACAGAAAGUCUUAUGA